UCCCACUUCCACAUUUCGCAAACAAGUAAUAGAAGGCCGGCUAGGGUUUUAUCCCUCUAUUCCAAGCGAAAGGAAGAAACGAAAGAUCUUCUCCCUCGCGUUCUCCUUUCAUUUUUCUGUAGCACGCAAUGGCUGGUAGAGGUCGUGUACCUCGCAAUGUUAAUGAUGGGCGGCGAGGUUAUCCUGACAUGCCAGAAGGGCCCUUUGUUCGUGGCCCUGUCCCACGUCCACCCCAUCCUGCCCUGUAUGAGGAACUUGAAUUGCAGCAAAUUGAAAUCCGGAGGCUUUUGGCAGACCGUCAUGCUUUCGUUGAAGAUCGUGCUGCUCUGCAGCAGGAACUAAUGGCUGCCAAAGAAGAAAUUCAUCGCAUGAAUAUGGUCAUUGCAGAUAUCCGUGCUGAUAAGGAGGUUCAUUGCAGAGAGUUGAUCGAGAAAGGCUUGAAGCUAGAGUCUGAUCUUAGAGCAACUGAACCUUUAAGAAAGGAGGCAAUACAGCUUCGAGCAGAAAUUCAAAAACUGAAGGUCAUGAGACAAGACCUUGUUGGACAGGUCCAGACUCUUCAACAAGAACUGACAAGGGCACAAGCUGAUAACAAACAGAUCACCAUUCUGAGGAGCGAGAUUGAUGGUCUGCGACAGGAACUUAUGCGGGCUAGGACUGCUUUUGAGUAUGAGAAGAAGGGAAAUAUUGAGUUAAUGGAACAAAGGCAAGCAAUGGAGAAUAAUUUGGUAUCCAUGGCACGUGAAAUUGAAAAGCUGAGGGCUGACUUAGCAACCAUUGAUGGGAGACCAUGGGCUGCAGGUGGAGCCUAUGGGAAGAUACUUGGUAGUCCUGAAGGACCCUUCCCUCCAUCAUUUGGGGAUAACUACAACCUUCAUUCGGGUGUUGACAAGGACCCUGUGUAUGGCGGGCGUUCUGGUCCGUGGGGAGCAUUUGACAAGUCUCGCCCUGGACGCCAUUGAGAAUGACAGUUGAAUUGUCCUCUAAAAUGCACAUGGAUGCGCUUUAGUUUACUCAUGAUGGUUAUAUAUUUAAGGUUUAGAAUUUCUUAUCAUCUUGAGUUAGUGCAUAGUCCACCAGUGUUCACCUGACAAGAUGCUUAUGGUCAUUACGAACUAAACAUAUUUUUCAGUUGUGAUCUAAUCUUUAUAUUUUGUAUUUCAUAGUGCUUGUGAAAUCAAAUAGCUAUAUAUUGGCAUAUUCUGGUUUUACUUUUGAUCCAAAAUUUACAUGUUUUGUUGUUA